CAUCUGAACCCAAUUCUCAGUUUCCGUGUGACCAAGGAGAAAAGUCUUCGUUUCUUCUCCAUUUUAGUUUCCACGAAAUUUCACUUGGAUUUGCUUUCCCUUCAUCUCCAAGAUUUGUUUCCCUUUAUACCAUCAAUUCCCUAUUUCAUAAAAACCCAAUUCAAUUUUCAUAAAACCCAAAUUUUUGUUAUUGUAAUCUCACACACGCUUUGAUACAAUCAAGAACCCAUCUUGGCUUUCCAGACCCAUCAUAAAGUUUUGAUCUUUGGUUUCGAAGCAUCACAAUUUUGAUCCACCAUGCUUCACAGGAGCUUCAAGCCCGCCAAAUGCAAAACGGCGUUGAAGCUUGCCGUUUCGAGAAUCAAGCUGUUGAAGAAUAAGAAAGAUGCCCAGGUGAAGCAGAUAAAGAGGGAAUUGGCCCAAUUGCUGGAGAGUGGUCAGUACAGGACUGCUAGGAUUCGGGUUGAACAUGUGGUGAGGGAAGAGAAGUUGAGGGCAGCGUAUGAACUUAUCGAGAUAUAUUGCGAACUUGUUGCAGCACGAUUGCCUAUGGUUGAAUCGCAGAAAAACUGCCCAAUUGAUCUGAAGGAAGCAGUAUCAAGUGUAAUUUUUGCAUCUCCUAGAUGUGCGGACGUACCAGAACUCAUGGAUAUCCGCAAGCACUUCACAGCAAAAUACGGAAAGGAGUUCGUCUCUGCAGCUGUUGAACUGCGGCCGGAUAGUGGUGUAAGCCGCAUGUUAAUAGAGAAAUUAUCUACCAAAUCACCGGAUGGCCCUACCAAGAUGAAAAUUUUGGCUGCAAUUGCAGAGGAACAUAAUGUCAAAUGGGAUCCCGAGGCAUUUGAAGAGAAGCCUCCUGAGGACCUGCUGCACGGACCAAAUACGUUUGGAAUGGCCAGUAUGGAUUCUGCUCCACCUCCACCUGCUCAUGAUGUCAGGGGACCUCCUAAUGUCCAAGUUCCACCUAAUAGCAUGGCCAGUAAAGCUCAUGUGGAACCUCCCUCUGGUCCACCUCCACCUGAUCAACCUCCAAUUGCUCAAGUUCCACGCAGAAAUUAUGAGUAUCACGAUGGACCUAUGAAUUCUAAUGAGCAGAAUGCAAGAUCAUCACCUCACUUGGAGGAUUCUGCUUCUACAAAUGUUUCUGCCAACAAAGCAACCACAUCUGCCAAAUUUCAUCCAGAAACGACAUCUUCAGAAACCAGAAGCAGUCGAACGGAAAUGCAUGUAUUUCCGGGGGAUGAAAGUUCUUCGGGCAGGCAGAAUUGGAAUAUGCAAUUUAAGGAUGCUGCAUCUGCAGCACAGGCAGCUGCUGAAUCAGCAGAACUAGCAGGCAUGGCAGCCAGAGCAGCUGCAGAACUCUCGAGGCAAUACUCAUCUGAAAUGCACAAUAAAAGUAAUCAGUCAGCCUCUGUGCCAACUAAUUCAAGUUCCAUGAACAAUGACCAUUUGGGGAAUAGUCUCCAGACGGCAGAUCGAUAUCCUCAAAAGAAGUCACCUGAACGUCAUGACAUUUUAGAUAAGGCAAGCAUGAAGAGACAGUCUGGUAAUUCUGAGGAUAUGCAUGCAAGUGAGAUGCAAACUGCUAUCAAACCUGAGAAUAUUCCUUAUUUUGGAGAUAUAAGAUCUGAAAAGAAAUCUAGCAGGACUUCCUCCCCAUCUAAUUCAAGUGUUGGUAGCGAUCAUCUGGAAGACGUUUUGAAAGAGGAUGAUCAUAUUAAUUACUUUGCAGAUCUGGGUACUGGAAAACAAUCUAUCAGGUCUUCCUCUCCUUCUCAUUCAGGACAUUUUAGUAACAAUCACGAAAAUUUCGCUAGUGUUUCUGGUGAGGGUUCUUUUGUUAGUGAUGUUAACAUCCAUCAAAGCACAAUUGGAAUGAAUUCUGAGGGAAAUGCUCCUCUGGUUUUUGAUGAUUCUGGUUCAGAUGAUGAUAAUUACAAGGGACAAGAAUCAAGUUUGUUUUUUUCUUCUCCUGCUAGAAAUUCAUUUCCUUCAGCUAGUUUAGAUCCUUGGAGCUUUGAGCAAAAGAGGGAUGAGGUAUUUUCUUCAGCUAGUUUAGAUCCUUGGAGCUUUGAGCAAAAGAGAGAUGAGGUACCAUUCAAGUCCGUUUCACCAUUACGUUCUUCAUCAGGGCAGCACUCCCUUCCCAUCUUUUCUGAAGGUUUGACAGGUUCUACAGUCCCUUCGGAACCAAAUGACUUCGUGCCUGUUACUUUUGAUGCUUCAGAUGGCCCAAGUUCUGACAGUGAGGAGGAGUUGGACACGUCUAAGCUUGUCCUGAGCAAAGAUUCUAAAUUUUCUCAUGAGAAGAUUGUUCAAUCCAUAAAUUCAGGAAAGAGCCAGAGUGCAAGCCACAGGUCAUUAGCAUCUUCAUCCUCUGAUGAGGUACAUCCUGAGAGAACCCAGGGAAUUGAAUAUAGUGUUUUGUCAGAUAAAAGGUUUGAUGAUGAUGAAUUGCCCGGUAGUGAACCAUCUCCGAGGCUGAAAAAAUCUGGAUUAGAUACAAGUGCCAAGGAUGAUUUACCUCAAACAGUGAAAGACGGUGAGGAAUGUAGUUGUGCAAGUGAUACUGACAAUGAGUUGUUGGCCUUUGGGGUCUUGAAAGGUGGCCUUCGGAACAAGGGUUAUAGGCAUCCACCAUAUAAUCGGAAUCCAUCAGGCAAUGCUUUUUUGGGCAAACAAAUUACUCAAGAUACUCCAACAGUCAGGACUUCCGAUGUUUCUCAUACGUCUAUUGAAGAGCCAUAUAGCCGGAAAGGGAGCACUAAGCUAAGUAAGGAACAAAGCGCUAAAACCCCAGCCACACAUGUCACUCCUGAUGAUGAUUCGUCAGAGGAUGAACUCUCACAUGAAACUCUAAGCAGUAGUCGCCAAGACCUGUACAAUCAGAAAUUGGUCAAUCGAGUAGUACAUGAUGAUUCUUCAGAGGAUGAACUCUCACAUGAAACUCUUAGCAAUAGUCGCCGAGACCCAUCCCAUCAUAAAUUGGAAUCCCAAGGAAAGACAAGCUCAACGUCUGCAUUUUUCUUUAAUUCAGAGGAUAGUGAGGCUGAGGAAGAUGUUCCUAGAAAGAUUUCCACCACCAUUGCUCGUCCAAGUUCAAAAUUUUCUAGAAGGACACAACCCUCUUCUUCAAAUUCUGUUAGAAGUUCUAGCAUAAGGACAACAGUUGUUCCUGAUGCACCAAGGACUUCAGACUAUGGAAAAUCCUCUUCAAGAAGUUCCAAUGACGCUGAAACUCUACCAGAGCCCUCAAGAAGUCAGGAUUGGCAGAGACCUAUAGAACAAACAAGUUCUUAUUCAAUUCCAGAACCCAAGAAGACUGGGACAUCAGUCAAUGGAAAUUCCUCCUCAAGAAGUUCUUAUGCCACUGAAACUCUACCAAGUGCCUCAUCCCAGACCAAGCGCUCAGACCGUUCGGCAAGUCAGGAGUGGCGUAGACCAGUAGAACAAGCAGCACCUAAACCAAUACCAGAAUCUAAGAGGUCCUCGCGUGUGGAGACUUCAAACUUAUUUCCAAGGGAGAAAUCAUCCAAUACUCCAAUGACUGUAAGAUCAGAGAGAACUGGAGCUACUGAAACUUCAAAGUCCUUGGGUUCAAAGUCAUUUGGAAGAGAACAAUCAUCUAAUCCUCCAAAGAUUGAAAGAUCAGAAAGCAGCGAAAGUUCAAAGUCCUCGGGUUUUAAGUCAUUUGCAAGAGACCAAUCGUCCAAUCUUCCUGCAAAGGUUGUAAGAUCACAGAGAAGUGACCCUUCAAAGUUCUCUCCUCCGAAGUCAUUUACAAGGGACCAAACUUCCAAUCCUCCUCCAAAGAUUGUAAGAUCAGAGAGCGCUGAAACUCCGAAGUCCUCUUCUUCAGUGGGGAAGGCUUCUCAUGUCCACCCGAAGCUUCCCGACUCUGAUGACUUGUUUGCCAAGUUUACAGCCCUCAAGCAGAAUCGACAAUAGACCAAUUUAUUUGCACAUACAAAUAUAGGAUUUUUUUUUAAAGAAAAAAAAACAAAAAAAAAAAGCGAGUAUCAUAUUCUUUCAUUUACUUGAAUUUUUGUCCAAUGUCAAGUACUUUGAUUGCUACAUGUCACUGUGCGAGUCCCGCUUCGUUUCUUCUUUUGUACAUGUGCAUAAGAUGAUUGUUAAAUAGUUCUGUAAUAAAAGUACUCUAGAAUUUCUAUCUUUUA